AUGGUAACAAAAGUUUUUGCAACUACUUUGAUUUCCUUGCUUUUGAUCACUGGAGCCGUAUAUUACUUCAGCUAAAGUAAAAGUAUGCUCAAUGACUUCCAUGGAAAUUUGACUCCUACUGAACACAUGCUUUGCAAGGCUCAACAAUUUUAACAGAAUGACUACACUUGUAUUGAUAGUUUUCGUGAUAUGGAAUGCUAACAACAUUACUACAGUUUUCUCAGUCAAUACAGAUAAAAUGAAACUAAAUUUUACGAAAUUUACAAAAGAUAGCCUGAAGAUGUAAAGUAUGUAGUAGACGGAUGGAAUAAAUCUUGCAACACUUUCGAGCACUACAGAAGAUGUGGAGAUGCAGAAUACCUAUUUACUCACUGCGUCUUUUCAGGACAAGUCUCUGACUGCUCUAUUGAAAACAGAGAAUAUAUCGAAGCUGCUUGGGAAUGCUCAAAUGUUCCAGAUGGUAUUCCUUUCUGGAAUGUAGAUCUCUACUCUGCUAAUUGCAUGACUGGAAUCGUUCAUUUGGCUAAAGGUUCUUUGGCUGAAGCUUUAGCUUGUAAAUGA